AUGUGCGCGGGCUCGGCGCUGCGGCAGGAGUACCAGCGCUGCCUGGAGCGGGAGUUCCGCCGGGGCCGCGCCGGCACCUGCUCCGACCCGUCCUUCGGGGAGAGGCUGCGGCAGCGGCUGCGGCAGGAACCAGCGCUGCUGGGGGCCCUGCAGGACGACGCUGCGGCCCUGCUCUCCCAGGGGCUGCGGGGCCGCCCCGAUCUGGGGCUGGCACUGCAGGGUCUGGCCAGCGCCUUCCGCCUCCUGGAGCUGGCAGCCGUCAACCUCUACCUCUUCCCCUGGCGCAAGGAGUUUGGCACUGUCCAGACCUUCUCCGGGGCUUAUGUGCACUUGCUGCGCCCAGCGCUCCCCGAAGCCGACUUGGUGCGGAGUUUCGGCCGGCUGGGCUACGAACAGCGUGACCCGCAGUGCCUGGCCAUUGCCCGGCCGCUCCCCGGGCCCGAGCUGGCCGCUGCCGCCUGCGGCUUCUUUGCCUGCCGGCUGGAGUGUGAGAUCCUGGCAGAGGUGGUGCUGCGGCUACAGCCACGCCGGCUGCGCGCUGAGGACCUCCUGGAGGCGCGCCAGCUUGCCGGGGACGUGGAGGCCUGCGUGGAGAUGCUGCAGCGGCUGGGGACGCAGCAUGAGGCGGCCGCUGGCUGCGGCGACAGCAUGGAUAUCUACCAGGAGACGCCAACCAGCCCCAGGGAUGUGGGGGGAGAGGACGCAGCCCGCCCAGCACCGUGGAGGGACCCCAGCAGCCCACGGCGGGCUCAGGACAUGCCCAGGAGGGGCUGGGACUGUUGCAGCGAUGGUGAGCGCAGGCAGGAGCCGCUGCCCUCUGUCAGCAGCCCUGACCCGGACCCCUCCUCUCACCUCUUCCUGGAGCAGGAGCGCAGCAGGGCCGGUGGCCCACUCUCCGCCGUGGCUGUGGGGAGCAGAAGCUCCCCAGGGCCAGGAGACCCCCAGGAUUUGUCCCCUGCUGCCGCCCCACCCCAAGAAGCCCCUGAGCUGCCCUGCUACCAGCUGCACUCCUGCCUGCGCCGGGGCACGCUGCCCUCCUACUGCUGCACCACCUGCCAGCAGCUCCACGCCGGCGCCUGCGCGGCUGGGCAGGCCUGCCGCAGCCGCCACCGUGGGCAGGAGCUGCGCAGCGAGAGGCAGCAGCGGCUCUGGCUGCAGCGGACAGAAGUGGACAUGCUGCUGGCUGAUGGCUCUGGCCCCUGGGCAUAG